UUCAACCUUUAAUUUUCUUCUCUACUCACUCUCUCUCAUCGAUUUCACUUUAGGGGUUUAUGGCCAUGAGUGAAACCAUGCCACCGGGGGGUCCGACUGAUUGGGCGCAGUUCUAUCAGCAUAACUUGGCCCACGCGCCGCCGCCGCAGCAGCAGCAGCAGACGGACUUCUUUGGCGGCGGAAGGGUGUCGGAAUCCACGGUGGUUACCACCACCGUGACUUCCCCCACGGCGCCGCCCUCGCUCGGCCAGCUGAGCCCCGAGGGGCGCGUGUCGAAGCCGGCGCGCCGCCGGACCAGGGCGUCCCGGAGGACGCCCACGACGGUUCUCAACACCGACACCUCCAACUUCCGGGCCAUGGUGCAGCAGUUCACCGGCGGCCCGGCCCUGGCCCAGCAGGCCCAGUACCCGAUCCCCAGCGGCUCGAACCUCAACUUCGGGUUCGGGCUUUCCAGUAAUCUCGCUCACCAUCAACACCUCGUGAACCCGACUCCGGCCCGAACUACCGGCGGCUACCAGCUCCAGUUUCAGCCGCCGCCCGGCGCCGGCGCCGGCAACUACAUGCUCGCCUCCUCGAACCAGCAAAGAGACGGCGGCGGAUUUCUCCGCCGCCCCACCGGCGCUAUGGGCCUCGGAAUCUCAACCUCCGACGACCAUUCAUUCCCGCUCCACACUCACAGAGGAUCUUCCUCCUCCUCCGGGAAUGAAACCAACAACUACAUGUUUUAACAAAACAUUAAAACCUCGAUCUUGAAAACCAAUCAAAGGUCGUCGUCGUCAUCAUUGACAAAAAACAUGUGCAGGCUAGACGGUGCUGACUUUUCAAAAGCACGCCGCGCCGCCGUUGGAAUCAUUAAAAAAAAAAAAAAAAACCCUCCCUAUUGUAAAUGGACGACAAAGUUUACUAUGUUUUCCGACGUAUAUGUCGGCGGCUAGACUACGUUCAACUUUUUUUUUUUUUUUUUUACUACUUGUGCCCCAUGUUUGUUCCUUCCUUUAUUCUUUAGCCUCCCUUUUUAUGCCUCUAUGGCAUUCCCUUAAUUUACGUUGUUAAAGUUAACUAAUUACCAUAAUCAGUGUUAUGCUCUCACUUUCUUCUGCAUUGUAUUUUCAAAACAUAGUGUUUUGUAAA